UAUAUAGUUACCAAUUCUCAUCUUUACUUCAUCACCACUUCAUUGCUAAAAAACACUUCACUCAAAACUUGCUCCUCUAUAAUUCCUUUGCACUUGUCAUCUAUAAUUCUUAAUCAGCUCGCACAAACUCCAACAACUAUGAAGAAAGUGUUGUUGAAAGUGGACUUUUAUAAUGAUAGAAUCAAGCAAAAAGUUAUGAAGACAGCAUCUAGCCUUCCAGGGUUUGAAUCAUUAUCAAUAGACUCGAAAGAGAAGAAAUUGACAGUAUCUGGGGAUAUUGAUCCAGUAAAGGUAGUGUGCAAGCUAAGAAAGUUGUGUCAAACUGAAAUAGUAUCGAUUGGACCUCUAAAAGAUGAGAAGAAGGAUUCAACAAAUACAAAUGAAGUUAUUCCACUUCAACACUUUGGAACCUAUCCAUUUUAUUAUCAGAUGACCCCACCACAAUAUUUUCAAAAUUACUACUACGUUUGAUGUGCAUAAUAAGAAAAGAAUCUUUUAUUGAGUUUGAUAAAAUACAUCUUGUGUUUUCCUUGAAUUUUAUUUUUAGUUUAUAUGACCUAGAAUUGGAUUAUGCUUGUCUUCCUUCCAAAUCAUGCAAACAGAUCACUAAGAAAUUAAGCGUCACCACCAACCAUUUCUUAUUACAAGAAACAUCAUAAAUAUAUUAAUAAGAUAAAAUAUAUGUAGUGUUUGAAACAUGUAAGUCCAAGCGGUGCUUCAAUUUGUUACUAAUGAGUAACUUGGUCAAUACAUCAACUAUAUUUUCUAAAGUAUGAACUUUUUCAUGUAAUAUCUAUCAAGGUGUAAGUAAAUCUCUAAUGUGUGAUACCUCACAUCAAUAUGUUUGGUUUGGGUAUCCAUACACCUCAAUGUUUGCCAAAUAAAUGGCACAUUGACUAUCACAUUACAAUCAAACUCCACAUUGUUUAACACCCAA